AUUUUGAAAAGCUUCUGUUUCAACAAUUAAAUGCAAAAUGUUCAAAUACAAUUUUUAAAAUUGUGUCUUAAAUCUUGCUGAUUUUGUUUCAGUUCAACGUAAUGUCUGUGGUGAUGGACCGACCUUUUUCUUUUGGAAAACUAGAACGACAGAAGCCCAUCCAGAUGAUCUCUGGAUCCUUUGAGAACCGCUGCAGGCCUUCCUGCAGUCACCAGGUUCAGCCACUUGGACAAAACUCCCACCAAGCAACUUGGGACAGGGAAUAUGAGGAUCAGCUGUCACAAAUGGGGAUGCACAGGAGCUCUGUAAAGACAUCAAGAGUGCAGGGGGAGGUGGAGGAGCAGAGAAGUGCAGCAGGAAGACAGCUUUUGUCUUUUUUAGAAGUCAGUCAGAUUCACAUUACUGCCCGGCCAGAGCUGCAAGGUCCACAUUGUGUUUCCAGAAAUAUCUACAGCAUUUCAAUGGGAGACAGCAGAUCCCAGCUGUUUGCGGCCGUGGAAGAGAGAUACUGUGUGUGCCUCCAUUGUUGUGGUCCUGCUCGAGCCUGCUCUCUGCAAGGGGUUGACUGUCAGGGACGCCAGGUCUUUUACUUUGAAAGCCCACUAAGGGUGGACGCUUGCUGUCUUGGUAGCUGCCUGAUGGAGAUAAGAGCCUACUUACCGCAGAAACGUAUCAUUGGGACUGUAGGUCAGAGGUGGAGCAUGUUCACCCCUCUCCUUGAGAUGUGUGAUUCAGAGGGAUCGUCUACCAUCAGAAUCCAGGGUUCUUGCUGUCCGGGUCGCUGCUUCUGUAAUCAAGAGUUUCAGAUUGUCUCUAGCAUUGGUGAGCCAAUAGGCAGUAUAUGGAAGAAAUGGCCUGGUUUCAAUGAAGAACACAACAUGGACCAUGAUUGUUUUGGGUUGGAGGGUGAGUUCUGCCUUGAAAAAUGCAAAAAAUCCAUUUGAAAUUAUCUAAUGAAAUUCAUGUUAAAAAAACACGGAGACAUUACACCAUUUUCACUGUGAUCUUUGAGAUGCUUUCAUAAUUAAUGCCAUUAUGAGUAAUUGUUGUAGCCCAAAAACACAUACUUCCUGCAGUUUUAACCCUUGUGCUAUCCU